AUGAUGGACUACACCUCACGGCACAUAAGGUUGGCUGCGAAGGAGGGAUUCGUUGAACCGCUGAGCGCCAUUCUCCUUGUGGAACCACUUACCGUGUUUCGUGUGCGCAUACUAACGUGCCCAAACUUUCAGUAUUUUCUUGGGAUAACGCCUCCACACCUCACACAAAGACCCUUCUCUUUGUUUCACUUUAACCACGAGCAGACGUUCAUCCAAGUGUCUUGGCUACCGCACCUUGACAACCGCAAGAAGGAUGAAGAGUACUUGGUGCAAUCCGUGCAUUUGAAUGGCUGGGCCUAG